AUGAAAUAUAAAUUCUGGCAAAAAAAAAAAAAAAAUUCUCAGUCUGACAAACGUCGUAUCGAAUUCUUGUUUUUUGUUUGUUAAAGAAUCAUUGGCUUCAAUUGAAACAAAAAGAAUAGACAGAACAAUUCUUUUUCGAUAUCAACAUUGGACAUUUUAAAGAAUUUCAACAGAAUAAUUAACGGUGAUUUCAAGCAUCUCUAGCCACCGAUUUUUUUUUGUUAACUUUUGGAUAUUUGUUUGUUUAUCUCAUUUUAUUAAUUUUUUUUCAUAAUCAUCAAAAAUUGACUCAUCACCACCACCACCACCAAGAAAAACAAAUAAAAAAAUAAAAAUGGCCGAAUAUGAAAUGGCAGUGGAUGAUGUUGAUAUGGAGGCUAAUAAUGAAAAUAUGAAUGUACCAGAAUUGCCAUCAUCAUCGACAUCAGCCAUACAUGGACGUAAACGUUUUGAAGUGAAAAAAUGGUGUGCCGUUGCACUUUGGGCCUGGGAUAUUGUUGUCGAUAAUUGUGCUAUUUGUCGUAAUCAUAUAAUGGAUCUUUGUAUUGAAUGUCAAGCAAAUCAAGCAUCAGCAGCAAGUGAAGAAUGUACAGUAGCAUGGGGUGUAUGUAAUCAUGCAUUCCAUUUUCAUUGUAUUUCACGAUGGCUAAAAACACGUCAAGUAUGUCCAUUGGAUAAUCGUGAAUGGGAAUUUCAAAAAUAUGGCCAUUAAAAUUAAAAACAAACAAAAAAAUUCUAUGAUCGAGCCCCCCACAAGAGAGAGAGAGAUAGAGAAUUUUUUUUUGAUUUGAAAAUUGUAAAAUUUGUAUGAACCAUCAUUCUCUGUCCUUUUACCUAAAUGAAUCAAUCGCUAUUUUCAUCACAUCAUAGAAUCAAUUUCAGUAAAUCAUAAAUAAAAUAUUUCAAUUUCUUUA